AGUCAGCCAUCUGACUAGUUGGAAAAUUAACCACUGACGAAAAAUAUGAUAAGCCUUAGGUUUCAACCAAGCACCACCGCCGGUGUUUUAUCGGCGUCAGUGAACUGCGCCGGUUUUAUCAAGAGGUGCGGUUCGACUAAACCGGGAAGGGUUGGCCGGUUUGUAACAAUGGCGAUGGCGGCGAGUCCUCUCGAAAUCUGCGUCAAAGCUUCUAUCACCACACCCAACAAGCUCGGAGACUGCCCUUUUUGCCAAAGGGUGUUGCUGACAUUGGAGGAGAAGCAUGUUCCUUAUGAUAUGAAAAUGGUGGAUUUGAGUAACAAACCAGAAUGGUUCUUGAAAAUUAGUCCAGAAGGUAAAGUCCCAGUGGUGAAGUUUGAUGAGAAAUGGGUUCCGGAUUCAGAUGUUAUAACACAGGCUUUAGAAGAGAAGUAUCCCGAGCCUCCUCUUGCAACCCCACCUGAAAAGGCUUCAGUUGGGUCGAAGAUCUUUUCCACAUUUAUCGGUUUUCUCAAGAGCAAAGAUUCAGGAGAUGGAACUGAGCAAGUUUUGUUGGAUGAGCUUAGUACAUUCAACGAUUAUAUCAAGGAAAAUGGCCCAUUCAUAAAUGGAGAGAAGAUUUCAGCAGCAGAUUUGUCCUUGGCACCAAAGUUAUACCACAUGAAGAUUGCAUCGGGACAUUACAAGAACUGGUCUGUUCCAGUUUCGCUUCCUUUCGUCAAAUCCUACAUGGAGAAUGUUUUUUCGAGGGAAUCAUUCACGAACACACGGGCGGAAACAGAGGAUGUAAUUGCUGGUUGGAGACCAAAGGUGAUGGGUUAAGAGAUUAGAUGUUGACCUCAAGGGAUCAUCCUCCUUGUCUUCUACUAAAUGUAAAAGCAUAAUAAUAAAAUCUUAUUCAAAGUUACCUAUAAUAUAUACAUUUAUUAUAUAGUGAAACUGAAAACUCUAGUGUGACGUCCCAGUUGGGAAUUAGCUUGCAUAUAAGUUUAUUGUACCCGCCAAUAUUUACUAAAAAUGUUACUCAUCA